CCUCCUCCUCCAGCUGAGUUUAUGGGCGCCGUUAUCGGGGCCGCUGCCUGUGACUGAGUUCGGUAACCGGGGGCGGGUGGUUUAGUUUACCGGGGCCGGGCGGUUUUAGCGAAGUGUGGGUUUUAAUAGAGUAGAGGGAGCGGAUGAUCUGUGGUCAGGCUUCAGGCUGCGGUGGGUGUUAUUGUUAGCGUGCUAAGGCUAGUUAGCCUGCUAGCUGUGGUUAGCUAUGGUAGUUAUGAUAUUAUGAUAGUUGAUAUUAUAUCAGCAGUAAAUAAUCAGAGUAUUAUUUAUUUAGUUUAAUAUUUAGUUUAUUCGUGAUCUCUGGGGAACUGUUGUCAUGGCUGUCUGUGUAACAUUAGCUCGGGAAUUAGUUGUCAUUAAAAUGCUAAUGCUAAAGCUAGCGGUUUACCCGCUGUGCUGUUGAGUAAGUUAACUAGGUUACCUGUUAGCUAGGCUGUGUGUGUUUAUUAUUCUCUGAGAUUAAACUGCUGUAAAUAUGAUCUGUCUAACAAAGGCAGGCUGUAGAUCACCUGUUCUCAGUCUGAUCAUCGCUUAGCUCGAGCUCCAGGCUUCACCAGUAGCAGGAGCUGACUGUCUGUCAGGCUAUAAUUCGCACAUCUAACAGCUGGGUUUUAACUCUCUGGAUCAAACAAUGGCUGCAGAUCUCCAGUCCAAGUACACCAAGCUGGCCCAGGAGUACUCCAAGCUAAGAGCACAGAACCAGGUUCUGAAGAAGGCUGUGGUGGAUGAGCAGGCCAACUCCAACUCCUUAAAGGAGGAACUGAAGCAGAGGGAGCAGGGCCUGAGAAAGGCUGAGCAGGAGAUGGACAGCCUGAGCUUUAGAAACCAGCAGCUGGCCAAAAGAGUGGAGCUGCUGCAGGAGGAGCUGCUGGCCAGUGAGGCCAAAGGCAAGAAGACCAAGAACAAAGUAGAUUCUCCCUCCCAGUCAAGUUAUCAGACGCAAAGCGUGUUUGAUGAGGACCUGCAGAAGAAGAUUCAAGAGAAUGAAAGGCUUCACAUCCAGUUUUACGAGGCAGACGAGAUGCACCGGCAGCAGGAGCAACAGCUGAGAGACAAACUGGAGCAGCUGGAGAAGGAUGCUGAGCAGCACCAGACAGUGGUGGACAACCUGACAAGCAAAUACAUGGACACCAUAGAGAAACUUCAGAGCGACAAGGCUCGAUUAGAGAUUAAAGCUCAGACAUUGGAGAGGGAGUCUAAGGAGUGCCGACUCAGGACUGAGGAAUGCCAGCAGCAGCUGAGGAAGUAUCAGACAGAGCUGAGCAGUCAGUUAAAACACAACAGCAGUGUCAUCCAGGAGAAAGUGCCCUUUAACGACACCAAAUAUGAUGACUACAACAGCUUGAAUGUUCCACCACACAACAGAAGACAUCAGCUGAAAGCUCGAGAUGCAGCCGGACAGGCUGUGAGUUUUGUACAGGACCUGGUCUCUGCGCUGCUCAACUUCCACUCAUACACAGAACAGAGGGUUCACAUUUACCCCCUGGACUCCUCCAUUGAAUCCAUCUCUGCCCUCAACCAGAAGUUCUCCCAGUACUUGCACGAGAAUGCAGCCUAUGUCCGCCCACUAGAGGAUGGCUUGUUGCAGCUGCAUCAGAGCAUUACAGAGGACACAGUCACAGUACUGGAAACAGUAGGACAACUGCAGGACUUUUCCAAAUCAUUUUCCACAUACACAAGCUUUCUGCAGAAGAUCCUGCCUUAUCAGCUUAAAAGCCUUGAGGAGGAGUGUGAUAUUCCUCUCUGCACAGCGCCUUUGAAUGCUAAGAACCGUGAGCUACAGAACGAUAUGAAGACCUUUACUGCCGUCUUUGAGAAAUUGCAGAAUUACAUCAACCUUCUAGCCUUACCUAGUGUGCGUUUGGAUGCCAUGCCUCAGAGCAGCUUCAGCGCUGUUUUUACCCAGCUGUCGGCCUGCUUACAUGGACUGCAUGACACCACCAAGGAGCUCUCCAAGCACUACAGUCAGAAGGUAACUCUGGAACAGGAGCUGCCCACCGUCACCCAGAAGCUGCGCACCACUAAUGAGUGCUUACUCUCCUCCUUAGCCUCUCUGACCAACAGCACUGGAAAGAUUGCCACAUUCUUCAGCAACAAUCUAGACUUCUUUGCUUCAUCAGCUGGGUACGGACCAAGAGCUGGAGCAGGAAAUCUCAACCCACAGCAGGCAGAGAGCAUGCUCAGUAACAAGAAGAAGGCGUCCACGUACAUUCUCACAAUCAGGAGGACACGCCCUGAAUCUGUUCCGUACACAGAGGCUCUGACUAACCGCCGCAUCUUGACCAGCUCCACAGAGAGCAGAGAGGGCCUGAUGCAGCAGGUGCAGCAGAGCCAGGAGAAGAUCGCUCGUUUGGAGCAGGAGAAAGAGCACUGGCUGCUGGAGGCACAGCUGGGUCGAGUCAGGCUGGAGAAGGAGAGCCAGCGCAUAGCAGAACUGGAGGCUCAGCUUGCAGCUGCUUUAGGGGGUGACAGUCUCUCUACCUCCUCACAGACUGGCUCCCUCACUCUUGCCUGCACUGACCCAGAAACAGAAGACAGGUCUGGCAGAGAAGAGUCUCAGAGCACCAGUGUGGUUGGAAUGCUUACAACAACCCCAACCAGUGAGACUGUUGGAGAUGAGGAGUCCCGGGAGCACUUGAUCAAAACCCACUAUAUGGCACGAGUAGCUGAGCUGACCACCCAGCUUCAGAUGUCCGACAGCAAGGCUGUACAUUUCCAUGCAGAGUGCCGGGCGCUGGCUAAACGUCUGACAAUUGCAGAGAAAUCUCGUGAGACUCUGACUGACGAUGUGAAGCACGCCAAUCAAAACAUCACACGCUUGCAGGAUGAACUAAGCACUACCAAACGGAGCUACGAAGACCAACUGAGUAUGAUGAGUGAUCAUCUCUGCAGCAUGAACGAAACCCUCAGUAAACAGCGAGAGGAGAUUGACACACUCAAAUUAGGCAACAAGGGAAAUUCUAAAAAGAACAAGGGCCGGUAGUGACGCUCAGUUCUCCUUUAACUUCAACAGAGGAAUUGGACGAGGGACCAGACAGUGCUCUGACUGUACAAGCACUGUACAAAAGUGGAGUCACACAACACCCCACUUCCUACUCCAGUGUGUCAAACUGGCCAACUUUGACUCUGUAAUACAUUUCCAAUAAUUUCCAUACCAAUAGCUGGUGAAGUGCUUUCUUUUUUUGUGUGUGUGUAUGAGGGAGCAGCUGCUUGGUCAGUUUGAGAACUGGAAGAUGCACAGGUUUCUUUCAGGGCGAUUGUUGACGAGUAGGUGGUGUGUGUUUUGUGUUCACUUGAAAUUCUGUAAGAGCUUUAGUAUACGCUGUGUUUGUCUGUCCGUCUAUUUUAAAUAGUUCUGAGUUGUGGUGAAAGAGUUGGUGAUCAGAUUUGGAGAAAAAAUUAUCAAAAUUGAGAGGCUAAAUGAUUCUUGCAGUGGCAGUGGGUGGACUGCACAAUUUCAGACGUUGAACAUUGAACGUUGAACAAAAGAACAUUUCUGUGCUCAAACGAUAUGGGAUGCAUUUGAGUAAAAUAGUUGUUGCAGCAGCUCCAAUAUAUGCAGGAAUCUGUGGUACAGAUUAGGUGAAAGAGGAUGUGUGUGUCUUUCAAUGUUACUUUAAUGCAUUCAAGACUGCAUACUGACAAAAAAAAAAGAAAUCUGUAAAUGCACACACAAACAUGCACACGACAGGAAUAGCACCAAAAGUCCUUUCAGACGUUGUGGUUACAUAGCACACAGCACUGUUCUCACUGCAAAAAAAUACAUAUAGGCAAGUAAAAGCAUCUUAAAGGGCAUUUACCUCUAUCUAUUUAUAUUUCUGCAUAAUUUAAUGAUUAAGAUGUAAACAAAGCAAUUUACAGGGGAUUAUAAUGUAAAAUACUUAGUCAUUAUUGUAUGACAUUGCUAUUAACACAUUUUACAAUAAUAUAAUGCAUUAUAUAUUGUUUUAGAGAAGCCUUUGGUCUAAAAUCUAAUAGUAUUUAAUACGUUAAUGGUGGAGUGGCACAUGCAUUCCCCCCUACAGUAAAACUUAAACAAAAUAUAGCUUAUUUUGUCAAAUUGUCCACUAUUUUAUCAUCAACAGAACAUCUAAAACUCAAAUAACCUGUAGUAGGUAUGGCUGUAUUUACAUUAUAGACAUUGACACCCAUAUUUACUAUCACUGAUUCUGUAAGUUUCUCCACAAUAAACCAUUUUACAUCAAACCUAUCUAAACCACUUUGUUUAUCUCAAUCACUGAAUUAUGCAGAAUAUUUAUGGAAUUAGUGAAAUUUCUCUAUAAACGUCCUUAACAGUAAAAAGCAUUACAUGAAUUGGUUGAUUUAUUUUUCAUAUGUUUCUACAGACGUCCAUCACGGGCAAUUAUAUGGCAGUUUUUCUGUUACUUUUAAAUUAUUCACAUCAAUAUUGGAAUCUCAUCUUACAUUGACCAAAAUUAUGUCCAGCCUGUGGUCAGUUUGACCCACAACAUAAGAGAGGGGUUUGGAGUGGGCUUUAGAUUAAAACUUUUUAUAAGUUGCCUGUAUUUGGGUUGUUUUGUAGGGGAAUAAGAUAUUAUCACAAUACGUUACCCACAAUAACGGAUUUUGCAAUACUCAAGGUAUCGCAAGACAAUUCUUUAUGAUACUUCAAGCUGUUGCUGAAGAGGAUAAAAUACAACUAAAUAAGCAAAUACCAGGAAUUAUGGAUUUAUUGGCGCCCUAUUCAUUUGAUUAGCACCACCAUGUGGAGUAAUGAAGCAGUAACUUUAGUAAAUCAAAUUGUGGAUGUAAGUCUUGGAGAGUUUAAAGCGCAAAAGUUUUAAUAAAAAUAUUAAUACGGCACAAUACAAUCAAAAAUAUACAAUAUCCCGAUAUAUUGUCCCACCUCUAAAUUGUUUUAACUUGCCAAUAUAGUAAUAUACACUUUUUGCAGUGCUAUGAUAGAAGGCCUGUUUGUGUAUUCCUGCCUUUUGCAGCCUUUAGCAAAAUCCUGCUAAUGACUAAAAAACAUUGUAUUGUGUAGCCUUACUGAAAGAAAUAACACACACACUAGACUAGUAUGUACCUCAGUAGUGCUGAUUAUUACACAUGUAACCAGAGGAAAAAUCUGUGAGGUAGAGAGCCUACAGUUACAGUAAGGAUUGUCCUAUAUUGUUGUGAUCCAUAUUGUUAUAUGAAUAUGAAUAUGCACUGAGCAGAUUUUUCUGCACAACCGAAUCAUAAAUGGAUGAUGAAAAGGGUUAAUGUGAAAACAUUUAGUUUGUGUGUCAUUCAUGUUUUUUUUUUCUUUUAUUACAAAAUUAUAUUACUGAAUUUAUGCAAAAGCUCAAAUAUUUGAACUUAUACUUUCAACCAAUGAAAUCAGUGUUUUUGAUUAAUGUACUGGAAUUAAUACCCAAGCGCUGAGGAAGAGUAUAUAUUCACUCCAUUACAACUGUGACCGAAUUCAUGCAGUUAUUUUUUUUUCUUUGUACGACUGGUGUGUUAUUUUUUUAAUUAAUGUUUUAAUCUGUCAGCUCAAAAGUAGUUCUAUUAAUGAAUCCCACACAGUUUACACAGUACCGAUUCACAAGUUUACAAAGUUUUAUGGAUUCAGCCCAGCUGCUUACACCCUCCACGCUCCAGACUACUCCAACUGUGAAGAACUAAUUCUGGGCUCAACUGCAAAUGCGUUUGUUCAUUUUUAAUCCAGUCCAGUUACUGCCCCUCUACCAAAACUGUGUACUUGGCAAACUAAACAUGACACACUUGUGAAAUAAAGAAUCAAAUUUG